AUGUUUUUUCAAACUUUGAUGCGACGGGCAGCUGCUCUGCCCAAGUUUGAUUUCGCCAGGAAUCCCUACAAAAGCAAGCGGACAUGGCCGCCAGACUUUACCAAAUUGUCGCAGAAACAUCAAUUCCGCCUCGAACGCCGGUACCGUAGGAGAGCAAAGCUGAAGUGGGCAAGACCGACAUGGACAAAGUUCGUCAAGCUGGCUACCUGGGGUACCAUCUCGUUUGUCGUUGUUUACGGUCUACUAUUCAUGGAGAUUGAAGAGGGGACCGUCUUUGGCACCAUCCGAGAUUACUACGCAAGAGCGACCAACGACAUGUUUGGCACACCCAGGCGGAAGCCACGUGCUACCCUCGAAGACCAAGAGUCCCCUCGAUCCGCGUCAUGA